AGUGUCAUUGAACUGAGGAAUUAUUAAAGUUAUUUAUUUAUAAUAUUUUACUUGUGCAAACUGCAAUCCGUGAAUCUGAAGUAAUAUACCAAAUAUUAUGAAACAUGUCUCAAACUCAGUUUCUAGAAGCGGAUGACAUAAUUUUAUAAAUUUUCACCCUCCUCUAAUCUGUAAUAUUGUGCAAUAUUUCUACCCAAAUCCAAAAUUUCAUUAAAAUUAUGCAAUAUAGUGGCCCAUAUAUAUGUGCAAAACAUAGGGUGGCAGGCAGUAUCAAGACGUAGUUAGCGCAUUACAAAACUGUGAAUACUAAAUCAAGUAACAAAGUUAGCUAUCAAUAAUAUAUAGCGUAGACAUUGCGGGUUUAAAUUCACAAGUUAUUGCUUAUAAUUCUCGUGUUACGUUUUUUACCGCGAAAAUUUCCACAUAGUUAUGUCAGAGGAAAAACCAUUACAAGCCAUAGAAGAUUCUUUGUGGUGCAGCCAUAAUAUGAGUUUCGAAGUGAAUCAAGGGUUCGACGUGAUUGAAUUAGAUCUGAAAUCGAACACGUUUCAAGAAAACAUAUACGACGAAGAUCUUCACAUAGAUAAACAUUGGGAUGUGAUUGAUGCACAAUUAAAGGAAUUCGCUAGCCCUAAAGCAUUGAAGAAUACAUCAAAAAGAAACUUCAGAAAUGAUAACAAAAUUCUUCAGUUUCCAGCAAAUCUAAACACAAUUAAUUGUGCUUAUAUACAGACACCAAAUUCUGAUAAAUUUAGAGAAUUACGCUUUUAUUACCAUCAUCAUAAUACUAAGAGAGAAGUUGCCAUACUGAUCAUAGAAGAUGAGUAUUCAAGACGGAUAUUAAGAAAAUUAAUCAAUUGUGGACUGAUUAGAAAUAUAGACAACAUUAUUUCUCAUGGAAGUGAAUCGUUAGUUCUACAUGCAAACUUUAGUUUCCCUUUCCGUGGCCUGAAUCAGUGUGCAAUAAAAGUAUAUAAAACAAAGAUUCACACAACUAUUUCCUCUGAACCAUAUGUGAGGCCAGAUUAUAAAUUCACAGAGUUGUUUGUAAACAAAAAUACUCGGCAAGUGGUUAAGCAAUGGGCCAAAAAAGAGUUUGAUUUGUUAGUCAAAAUGCAGGCUGUCGGAAUCAAUGCCCCAUCACCAAUUUAUUGCAAAUCACAUUGUGUUUUAAUGUCAUUUAUUGGUGAUGAAAAGAGAGCUCCGUCUUUGGCGGAGUUAGUAAUUCCUAUGGAAAAAUGGCAAUAUGUGUAUACCUGUGUGCUUCAAGCAGUGGAUAAGUUAUAUUUUGAAGGUGGUUUUGUACAUGGAGAUUUAAAUGAACAUAAUAUAUUAUGGUGGGACGAUAAAUGUUGGUUUAUCUCUUUCUCUCAGGCACUGCCUACUGAUCAUGAAAUGGCACUGUUCUUUUUAAAAAAGGACUGCAGAAAUAUUAAACAGUUCUUCCAAACAAAAUAUGUGCAUAUGCUAAGAGGUCCCGAAAAAAUAUGUGCUACAGUAUUAACAUAAUGUUUUUAAGAGAUUGUCAAUAAAAUUGUCAACAAAGACUAAACUGAGCAAUUGUGGAUCUAACAAAGUUUAUGAGCACUAGCUGACCGGCGAAAGGUUGGAUAUAUACUAUGUCCUGUGGCCACUACACUAAAGCGGCUCGACGGAACACAGUGGGGGUUAUCGUCGGUAGGAAUCCGACGUAUACCACGGCUCAUUUCCUGAGGGCAGUGGGUAUCUAUGCAAGAUUUUCCACUCAAACAAAGAAAAGGUACAAAAAAAGAUGUGGGACACUAUAUACACUCAAAAUUAAAAAAUAAUCAUUCCAUCCAUUUCAGGAGUUUGAUAUUAGGCUGUUUUAUAUUUUAUAAUAAAUAAUUUAUUACCUA